GAUCCCGAUCCCAUUCGGAGUCCUCUCUCUCUCUCUCUCUCUCUCUCUCUCUCAUGUCAAGCUGUGAGGAAUAGUAGGCAAUGGCGCGUAGGUUGUGGCGUUACGAGCGACCGGAGCAAAUGUUGGUGGGAGGUGUUUUUAAAGCAAUAAAUAACAAUAGAACCCAAACAGAAACCGCCGCGACUAGACUGCAAAUCCCGAAACAAACGAACCAACCUAACGGAUGGUAGAGAACAACACAAAGUUAUGUGUCGUAGACGAAGAAGGCGGAGACAAAACUACAAGAAGAGGUGAGCUUCGUCUUUGCAGGAUUUUGAUGUCUCUCCUUCCAACAAUCCACCAUCCUCACCAUCUCUCUCAAAUAUUAGGGUGGAAUUGGUUUUGCUCCAGCAUUUGAAGGUUGCAGAUUCAAAGCAAUGGUACAUUAGUGAAUUGUGAUUUUGUAGUAUGUACAGAAGUAAAAGCUUUUAAGGUACUUACGGACAAUAAUCCACUCUGUUGUAGUCCUCCCUUUGAUGCUGGGAAGAACUGUGGGUGCCCUUUCACUGAUGCUCGUAGUUGGGCAUGGGUUACCCACUGAUCUUGUGUAGCAGAUGGAUAACAAGGCAGAGACGAGUCAGAUGGAACCACUAGAUGAAAGAUCAGUACUUGAGUUUGAGGAUGAAAGCCUUGUUAGCCCAGCUUCACUUGCGAAAAGGGCCCAUUCUCUGGGUACAACUCAGCAUGUGUCAUUUUCAGGAGGUCCGCAAGUUAAUAGUGUUAGUUCUUUGAGGGAUAGAGUGUUCAGAAGCCUAAAGGUUGUAGUAUUCACGCCCAAAAUCAAUAUACUUAUGCCUUUUGGCCCUCUGGCAGUUAUUGUGCAUAGUUUGACUGGUCAUCAUGGUUGGGUUUUCUUAUUUAGCUUACUUGGUAUUAUGCCUUUAGCUGAACGUUUGGGUUAUGCUACAGAGCAGCUAGCAUUCUUCACUGGAGCUACCGUUGGGGGUCUUUUAAAUGCAACAUUUGGAAAUGCAACCGAAUUGAUAAUAUCAAUUUAUGCACUGAAAAAUGGAAUGAUGCGUGUGGUUCAGCAGUCAUUACUAGGUUCAAUUUUGUCAAACAUGUUGCUGGUUCUUGGUUGUGCAUUCUUCAGUGGUGGAAUCAUCUUCUGUAAGAAGGAACAGGUGUUUAACAAGGCAGCUGCUGCUUUGAACUCGGGGUUGCUGUUGAUGGCAGUUAUGGGCCUUAUGUUUCCAGCUGUCCUCCACUACACGCACACUGAGAUACAGUCUGGAGAGUCAGAGUUAGCCCUUUCAAGGUUUAGCAGCUGCGUUAUGCUUGUGGCAUAUGCUGCCUAUCUUGUUUUUCAGCUGAAGAGUCACAAGAAUCUAUACAUGCCAAUUGAUGAGGGAGAAAGUCCAACUGAGGGGAGUUCUGAUGAUGAAGUCCCUGAGAUCUCCAAGUGGGAGUCAAUAAUUUGGCUUUCAAUUUUGACUGUUUGGAUUUCAAUCCUCUCUGAGUAUCUUGUUGAUACUAUAGAGGCUGCAUCUGUUUCGUGGAAAAUUCCCAUUGCAUUUAUUUGUGUCAUCGUACUCCCUAUUGUAGGGAAUGCUGCAGAGCAUGCAAGUGCAAUUAUGUUUGCUAUGAAAGACAAGCUUGACAUUUCCUUGGGAGUGGCAAUAGGGUCGUCAACACAGAUAUCCAUGUUUGGGAUUCCCUUUUGUGUAAUUGUGGGAUGGAUCAUGGGACGCCCUAUGGACUUGAACUUUCAACUUUUUGAGACAGCCACACUUUUAAUAACAGUCUUAGUUGUAGGGUUCUUGCUGCAGGAGGGAUCUUCUAACUACUUUAAAGGACUAAUGCUCAUUCUUUGCUAUCUAAUAGUUGCAGCUAGUUUCUUUGUACAUUUAGAUCCUAGUUCAGUUGUGGAUAAGCCUCCCAGUGUUAGUGAAAGGUAGAGCCAUGGAUUCACAAGGAUUUUCUCAAAGCUUCUGGUUCAUUUCUAUUGUAUAUUUAUUCAGCCAUUGAUUUUGACCAUUUUCUUGAUGGUUAGUCAUAUUCCUUUUAACAAGCAGCUGUUGAGUUCUUGUCCAUACGCUUAUUGAUAAAAUGGUGUUAAAAUUCAAUGUAAUCUUCAAAUCAAAAUUUGUCUUUGUUUAGUUGUCCUGUUCAUACACUGGAAAUGUUGGGUUUUUUUCUCUACUUUUAUGAAGAAUUCAUAUUUCGAGGA